GGCGCUGACGAGGUGGCGCGGGCGGUGGACGGCGCGCGCGGUUCCCGGGGCGGGACCUGGCGGCGGUCGGGCUCGGAGGGGCGCGCAGCGGCUCCGCUGAGGACGAGCUUUCCCGCCGGGCCGGCCGUCCGAGCGAAGGCGCAGAGGAACCGGAAGGGAGGCGGCGGGACCACUCUUCCGAGCGGGAGGGGAAGGCGAGACCCCGGCGCUGGCCUUCGCGGGAGGGCCACGCCCCCGCCGCCGCGGCCCGGUGUGUGUGGGCGCCGCCGGCCGGUCGGGACCCGGGCCGAGGACGGAAGAUCUAUGAACAUAGGAUGCUGCCACCAAAUCUACCUCCUGAAUUUGUCUCACUCACCAUUGAGCAGUGCACUUCCAAAUUGGAGCAGAAUGUCUGGAGACUGUUGAAAAACUCUGAAGAACACAACUGACACAUGAUGACCUAGCAGGGAUUUUUUUUUUUAAGCCUGCCAAGAUAGAUAUUAGAGAAUGUCAGUGUUGGUUGUGAAUGCUGCAGAUAACUGCAAGCCGACUUUAUCUUUUUCUUUCUGAAGAAUUGGUGUGACUUUCUAGCAAGACAGAGUUUUCCAUUGUGCUCCUGAAGAUAUUAAUGGAAUACAGACAUGGCCACUCCAGACGAGAGGCGGGUCAAUACAGAGUACGCUGUGUCUCUGCUGGAACAGUUGAGACUGUUUUAUGAGCAGCGGUUGUUCACAGACAUAGUGUUGAUUGUCGAGGGCACAGAGUUCCCUUGUCAUAAGAUGGUUCUUGCAACCUGUAGCUCCUACUUCAGGGCCAUGUUCAUGAGUGGACUCAGUGAGAGCAAGCAGACACAUGUGCACCUGAGGAAUGUGGAUGCCGCCACCCUCCAGAUCAUAAUCACUUAUGCCUACACGGGGAACCUGGCGCUCAGUGACAACACGGUGGAGCAGCUGUAUGAGACAGCCUGUUUCCUACAGGUAGAAGAUGUGCUGCACCGUUGUCGAGAGUAUUUAAUUAAAAAAAUAAAUGCAGAGAACUGUGUGAGAUUGUUGAGUUUUGCUGACCUCUUUAGUUGUGAGGAACUAAAGCAGAGUGCUAAAAGGAUGGUGGAGCACAAGUUCACGGCUGUGUGUCACCAGGAAGCCUUCAUGCAGUUGUCCCAUGACCUGCUAAUAGACAUUCUUAGCAGUGACAAUUUAAAUGUAGAGAAGGAAGAGACCGUUCGAGAAGCUGCUAUGCUUUGGCUGGAGUACAACACAGAGUCACGGUCCCAAUACCUAUCUUCAGUCCUUAGCCAGAUCCGAAUUGAUGCACUUUCAGAAGUGACCCAGCGAGCCUGGUUUCAAGGCCUACCACCCAAUGAUAAGUCUGUGGUGGUCCAAGGUCUUUAUAAGUCCAUGCCUAAGUUUUUCAAACCACGCCUUGGGAUGACUAAAGAAGAGAUGAUGAUCUUCAUUGAAGCCUCUUCAGAAAACCCUUGUAGUCUUUACUCUUCGGUCUGUUACAGCCCACAGGCAGAAAAAGUUUACAAGCUGUGCAGUCCACCUGCAGAUUUGCAUAAGGUUGGGACUGUGGUCACCCCUGAUAAUGACAUCUAUAUAGCAGGGGGCCAGGUUCCUCUGAAAAACACAAAGAGCAAUCACAGCAAGACAAGUAAACUGCAGACUGCCUUUAGAACUGUGAACUGCUUCUACUGGUUUGAUGCACAGCAAAACACCUGGUUCCCAAAGACCCCAAUGCUUACUGUCCGUGUGAAGCCGUCUUUGGUUUGCUGUGAAGGCUACAUCUAUGCGAUUGGGGGUGACAGUGUGGGGGGAGAACUUAAUCGGAGGACCGUAGAAAGAUACGACACCGAAAAAGACGAGUGGACGAUGGUAAGCCCUCUACCUUGUGCAUGGCAGUGGAGUGCGGCAGUGGUGGUCCAUGACUGCAUUUAUGUGAUGACAUUGAACCUCAUGUACUGCUACUUCCCCAGGUCUGACUCCUGGGUGGAGAUGGCCAUGAGGCAGACAAGCAGAUCCUUUGCCUCAGCUGCAGCUUUUGGUGAUAAGAUUUUCUACAUUGGAGGGUUGCACAUUGCUACAAAUUCUGGUCUAAGACUCCCCUCUGGCACUGUAGAUGGAUCUUCAGUGACUGUAGAGAUUUAUGAUGUGAACAAAAACGAGUGGAAAAUGGCAGCCAACAUCCCUGCCAAGAGGUACUCGGACCCAUGUGUUCGAGCUGUUGUAAUCUCAAAUUCUCUCUGUGUGUUCAUGCGAGAAACCCACUUAAAUGAGCGAGCUAAAUAUGUCACCUACCAGUACGACCUGGAACUUGACCGCUGGUCUCUGCGCCAGCAUAUAUCAGAGCGCGUGCUUUGGGACUUAGGCAGAGAUUUUCGAUGCACUGUGGGAAAACUUUAUCCAUCCUGCCUUGAAGAAUCACCAUGGAAACCACCAACUUACCUUUUCUCGCCAGAUGGGACAGAGGAGUUUGAGCUGGACGGAGAGAUGGUUGCACUCCCUCCUGUAUAGUCAAGUUGGAGUAGUGCUGCUUGGUUCCGUUCCUUCACUAAGUGACAGGCUAGGAGAGGACCACAUGGGGAGUACAAAAAAUUCUAUCUUUGAUAAAUUUUAUUUUUAUGCCCUACUUAAUAUUUGCUUCAGUAUAAUAUAUAUCAGUGAGUCUCACAGGAAGAUGUGCUUCCAUAAUAGGAGCUAGGUUAAGAACCUCUAAGUACUCUGAGAGCAGAGGGAUGAACAGCUAAUGCUGUUAGCCCCGUGCACGUACAGUUCAAAGUUCACUUAGAGAAGUAGCUUCCUUUCUAGUGUGGGACAUCACAGACUAUGCUGAGAUUAUUUAGUGUAUCUCAUUCCUGUGCUUUGUUCUGAAGUUCUGGAAUACAUUUUUCCAGUAACUAACCAGCUGCGCUUAACACUGAUGUCCACAUUUGUGUAGCAGUAUUGUCCAUGUCCUCUGCCAUAGUUGAGAACACUCCGUAAUUUUGUGGUAUUACACAGGAAAGGUACGACUGCAGGACCAGUCUAUCCAGUUAGGUGCAUGUAUCCUCUCUCCACUAACUUGUCUAUCUAGAAUACAGGUCGUCCAGUCAACUGGCCGUGUACCAGGUACAUGAACCCAGUUGCUGGGCUUGCAGUGAGAAUUGUGCGGGUCUGUGGGGCUUUCAUGAUGAAGGUUUCCACCUCUUCUAUGCGUUAGCACUGCUCAUGCAUAGAAUUACCUGCUGCUGAUGUAGUCCUCCAUCUUCAAGAUUGAGAGUGGGUUAACCAGGUCAUUACAUCCUAAUUUAAUAACAAGCAUUACUGUAGAGUGAUUGUGUGUAGGUAUCUGUUAGCUGUCAGAGUGUGUUUUUUAAACCUGAUGUGUGUGUGUCGGGUUAGGUGCCAUCUGCACUGGUAUCUGCAGGAGGGCAGAUGACUGGUGCCUGUGGCAUUAUCCCAGAAACCACUGGCAGUAGUAGCGCCCCCAUGGAUGUGAGCAUGGGCGCUUGUGACCAACAUCGCCGGCAUGUUCAACUCUGUAAUGUUCUCGCACUGUAUUUUGAAUGACAUUAAUUUAUUAAA